UUUUUUUUUUUUUAUGGCUGUAACUGACCUAUGCUCUUCCACUACAUAUCACACUCACUCACACACACACACAAACAGGCGUAUCUCCUUACAUCAGCCUCAUAGUGUAGGCAGUGGGUGUUGCAAGAGGAGGCGAGAAGGAGAGCUUCACAAAGAAAGAGAGAGAGGGACAAACAGUGUGAGUCAGAGUCAGCGUUACAGAAAAGGCAGACAUUGAAUACUAGACCAGUGCACGGAGAUCGAGUGGGCCAGAGCCUUCUUCGCCCGCUUGCGUGUGUGCGUGCGCGUGGCAAAAGAGAGCUUGGUGCGUUUCCACGGGGUCUCCUGAGGCCGUGGCAACCAUGGCGUCAGAGGCAAACACCCAGUCCAGAGUGAUGUUCGAGCCCACGGGGAAAGUCGACGAGCCAGGGCCCCGCAAGCUUGGCAAACUGACCGUCAAGUACAACCGCAAGGACCUGCAGAGGAGACUGGACAUUGAGGAGUGGAUAGACGAACAACUGCACCUGCUCUUGGACUGUGAGGAAGAAGACAUCCCAGAGUUGGAGAUUGACAUCGAUGAGCUCUUGGAGCUGUCAGAUGAGGGUCAAAGAAUGCGAGUACAGGAGUUAUUGCAGGAAUGCAGGAAGCCAAUAGAGGAUUUUGUGAACGCGCUGCUCUACAGGAUAAAGGGACUACGUAAAAUGUCAGGACCCUUGAAGAAGUAGCUCCAGGUCAAAUGAAGAAUUGAGACAAUGGAUUCGAAUCGGCUCCAAUUCCCAAUAUGUUUACUAUUUGAAUGCCUGUAUGUGCGGUUCACAUCCUCAGGGGUCUUUUUCCCCUCCUCCUUCCCAGGUCAGCCUCAGUUGGACACCACAGCAGUCAGUCGAAUCCAUUGAUUUCCUUUGAAUAUGUGGACUGUCGUAACAUCGUCUCCCACACAAUGCCCACGUAACAAUAGCUGUAAUAUUACCCGAUAUUUUAAAUCAUAUGUAAGCCUGUCAUUUUUCCUUUGCUUGUUAAUGUACAUAUUCCUUCAUAUAUGUGUGCUGUAUGACAAUAAAAUGAGACAUUUUCAAUACUAA